CCCACCGCAGGACAGGCAGGCAGAGCGCGCCCCGCGCCAUUUCAGCCAUGUCGACGACGUCGUCGUCGUCGUCGUUCCAGUGGCGCCCAUGGGUGGCACUCUCCUCCAUCCCCGUCGUCGUCGGCGCCAACAACGAGCGGGCACGGAGGCUCGCGCCCGGUGCCUCCGACCUCUUUCUCGACAUCCAGCUCCCGCAGCACGGCGCCUCCUACCUGUUCCUGCCCGAGCGCAUCAUACCGGAGCCCAGGAAUUCGUAUUCAGGCCGCCACCCCUUCACCAUCCUGUCCGCCUGCUCCGACCGCUUCCUCUUCAUUGCGGUUGGGGGUACCCGAGCCGAGGGCGUCUCGAACCCCGCCUGCUUCCUCGGCAACGCCCAGGCCAGCACCGCCGUCCGCCUCCCCGACGUCCCCGCCCACCUCGGCGUCAACAUCAUACUGCGAAACAGCAUUGGCCUCAUCGCCGACCCGCGACACGGUGGCCAUUACAUGGUAGCCCAGCUCCACCCCACCUGCAAGACCCGCCACAAGACCCUGCUAUGCUACUCCACCGUCACCGGCCAGUGGACCGCCAGGCCUCUGGCCUCCGCCGAGCGCCACGAGCCCUGGGGUGCCAACGGCGUCCUCGCCCAUGGUGGCCUUCUCUGGUGGAUCGACAUCUGCUACGGCAUGCUCGUCUGCGACCCUUUCGCCGCCGACGACAACCUGCACCUGCGCUUCAUCCGGCUCCCGGUCAGCUCCAUGCGCAUCGGCGGGCUCGUCCCCCGCCCAGAAAUCAUAGCCCAGCGACGCUUGAUCAGGCCCAGCCAGGGCAAGCUGCGAUACGUCGAGAUCCAAGGAUUCCCCAAUGAUCUGAUGGCUACCAACCAGCAGCCCACGUUAAAACCCCAGGUCCGCAUGUUCACGCUCGUCUUCAGCCAAGAGGGCCAGCAGCAUUGCUGGGUACACGAGUACACGGUGUCCUUCCCCGACAUUUGGAGCCACUACAUAUACGCCGGUGCCGGUCUGCCCUGGGGCGUGGUGCCUUCGCUCGCCUUCAUCGACCCCAACAACCCCAACACCCUCUACUUCUUCCAGGGCAGGACGCUCUUCGCAGUGGACGGAUACGCCAGGCAGGUCUUGCACCACCUGCGAUACUCGGUAGACUCCACACACGGGGACCUCAUGUUCCAGAACUCCCUCUUCGUUGCUGCCUGGGAGCUGCCACUAACGCUUUUCGUCAACGGUCGUGCGCCAGACGGUGAGAGCUCGAGUCGGGAGAUUAAACAAGAAGAAAUGGACACAUCUGAUUUUUCUGUCCCAGAUAUAGAUCAGGAGCCAGCCGAGCAGGCUACCGAUGACCAAGCUACCGAAUCCGACUCCGAUGACCAAGCUAUCGACUCCGACUCCGACUCCGAUGACCAAGCUAAUACAGAACCAUAGAUAUGCAGCUUCCCUAGGAAACAUUAGACCCAUGUUAGGAACAGAGCCCGUGGCCCAAGACUAUAUGAGAAAACAUUUUGUUUUGUGUUGCAUUUCGCUAGCUAGCUAAUAAUUCAACAUGGAAUUCAAUUUUGGUUCUAU